AUUCCCGUUUAAUAUCAACUUGAGGAAGAGGAAUUGAGAGCAAACUACUGGAGACUGAGCCUAUAAAUACUGGAAUAUUCCCAUCAGUCUACAAGUGAGGACGAGCAUCAGACCUUCAGACAGAAGUCAAAUCUGAGUUUAUUGAAGGACAGUGGGAAGAUGAGUGAUCCAGAACCCUGCAGAAUUACAGAUGAAGACACUGAAGAACAAACAGAUCUUACUGAAGAGAGUGAAGAGAGUGAAGAUGAUGAACUCCUAAAAGCUGAGAAAACACCUCAUUUACAGACUGAAGAUGCUUUAAUGCAAAGAGACAAGAAAUGUUUGACCUGCAGUCAGUGUGGGAAGACUCUGGGAAACAAAAGUAGUCUCAGUCAACACAUGAUGAUCCACACUGGAGAGAAACCAUUCACAUGCACUCAGUGUGGGAUGACUUUCAGACUCUCAUCAUCCCUUAAAGUACACAUGAGGAUUCACACUGGAGAGAACCCGUUUUCAUGCACUCAUUGUGGGAAGAGUUUCAGACUCUCAUCAUCCCUUAAAGAACACAUGAUGACCCACACUGGAGAGAGAAAACACAGAUGUGAUCAAUGUAGCAGAGCAUUUUUUAGGGCGUCAACGCUGAAACGUCAUCUUAAGACUCAUACAAAGGAGAAGCCUUAUUCAUGCUCUGAGUGUGGAAAGAGAUUUACAACACAGUCAAAUUUAAAACAACAUCAGAAGAUCCACACUGGUGUAAAGGAGUAUAUGUGCUUUGACUGUGAGAAGACUUUCAUUAAACCUGACCAUUUGAAACUGCACCAGAGGAUCCACACUGGAGAGAAACCGUACAAGUGUUCAUACUGCGACAAGAGAUUCGCUCAUUUAGAAUAUCAGAAAUUACAUGAGAGGACUCACACUGGAGAGAAGCCGUACAAGUGUUCACACUGUGAUAAGAGAUUCAAGUGUUUAGCAGAUCGGAAUCGACACCAUAAGAUCCACACUGGAGAGAAGCCGUACAAGUGUUCACACUGUGAUAAGAGAUUCAAGUGUUUAGCCUAUCGGAAUCGACACCAUAAGAUCCACACUAGAGAGAAACCGUACUCAUGUGAUCAGUGUCUGGAGAGAUUCACACACUCGGUGCAGCUUAAGAAACACCUGAAAGUCCACACUGGAGAAAAGCAGCACACAUGACAUCAGUGCAGAAGAGGAUUCUCUGGUGUGUGAGGCUGUUUUCAAUCAGGAGUGAAGGUGAAAAGACCAUAAUCACACACAACAUUAAAAUAUGAGCAGGAAAACUGAUGUUGUUUGCUAUUAGAGAAACUCUGAAUUCAGUUUUGAACAGUGCAACUCUAAACUCAUUUCCAUUCGGGAUUCACGUUGAUCAUCUUUCAGUUCGUGUCCUCUGUAGCUCUCUGAUUCAAUAAAGGAUUGACUCUA